GCCCGUUUGUUGUUUAUCCCCCUCUUCUCCCCCUCAUUCAUAUUAGUGCAUCUGCAGCGCAUAUCCACGAACCGCGAGAAUAAUCAUUGUGAGGACAUCAUGGCUAAUAAAGAUAAUUAUAUUGAGCCAAGCAAAUCUUCAAAUUCCUUUUCCAGCCAAGAGCCAUCACCAGAACUCAAUUACGGAUGCUCACCAUGGAUACUUAGCAGCCAAUGCGCCUCGGAUCUGUAUGAAGCAGGAGUUAAGCUCUGGAGAAAGGAAGACUUGGUAGAUAUCGAGGCACAACUGGCACGGUCCUUCGAGACGGAAUAUUUCACAGUGCGGCGUAUUGAUGGCGUCGUAGCCCGUAUAAAGAACCCAAUGUAUAGGAUUAAAAAUCCCAUUUGGACCCCACGUCUCAAAACCCAAGGAUACUGGCGGCUUGUAAGAAUCAAACCAGAUGGCCCUCCAGAAACAUAUCUCUGCUCUUAUCUACUAGAAUGGAGAAACCAGACUAUCCCGAGGUAUGAAGAGGUGAUAGAGGAUAGCAAAUCGCUUUUCGAAACAAAGCGACAAUUGUGGACUGAUAGCGUCACUUGCGACCUGCUCAGAGCACAGCUCCAAUGGCUACUGUGUAUCAGUAAGCUAAAGAUAACAAAAGUUGUAUGUUUUGCUCUUGGUGAUAUGGUCACCAAAACUGGUGAAUUUGAAAUGAACGAUAGGCGCAAAAAGGGACAACAGGCCUCGGAAACAAGCGACGUCGAAGAAAGUCUGUUGCAGCAUGCUAUGGCUUUAACAAUGGCAAAGGUGGCACGUUUCCAUACGAGGUCCUCUAUCGAACUUAAAGCUCAAGACCCGGCUUAUCGCGAAGAGACAAACGAGAUCCUCAGCGAAAAUGGCUUCGAAAUUGUAGGCAAGUGUGGGGCAGGCGGCUUCGCAGAAGUCGAUGAGAAUACCCUUGUAUUCACAGCCUUCGCGUCGAUCGCGAUUAGUGAGGUCCUUGCCGAUAUUGCGCGUCCAGCAAUGAUUAUUACGACUGGUGGCAAAGCGACGUUCUCUGGUGAUAUCAAGGUGUUUUCCGAUGCAGAGUCUCCCCGUACAAGACAGAUGUGGCGCGAGUAUAGAGUCACGCAUCUUGCCGUGCCGUCGAACGAGCUGGAGCUUUUUCAGUCUUUGACCCAAAUGAGUAUACGCACUAGAAUGCCAUCAGCUUUAGCGCCUGAAGAUUAAAAUCUCUCUCUAUAGAAGAAGGCUUGGUUUGCUGAUGAUACCAAGAAGGGAAACCCGCCGAUUGCUAUCAUUUAGCUGCACCAGCAACUCAGCCCAGUCUAGUUUCGUCAAGCAGGCUGAGACACUGCAUGGACGCAGGUGUUGUCACCGGAAUUUGCAGCACAGUGUCCAAUCAUGAAUGCAUGCACGCAAUCACGGUCGAUUGAUGAGGUCAUAUACUAUGCGUUAGCAGCAGGCUCUAUCUAACAUUCAUGUAGUGUGUACCUAGUCUUGUA